UGUCGGGGCAUCUCCCGCUUCCGCGUCGUUGCAGCCGCGGGAUUGGGCGCCGCCCGCCCGCCAUGGCCCUGCCGCCGGCCCUACUCGCAACCGCGGCGGCACUGGCGGCCCUGGCCGCCCUCCUGCUCGUCCUGAUUUGUAUAAUUGCUCACAUAACUGCCAAAAAGAUGCCAACGCUUCACCGACAUGAAGAAGAGAAAUACUUCAUAAAUGCUGAAGGCAGGAAAGAAUCCCUACCAAGUAUACAUGAUCCUCCUACAAAGGAACUCUCUGUUGUUGUGCCUUCAUACAAUGAGGAAGACCGGUUACCUCAUAUGAUGGACGAAGCUUUGGAUUAUCUAGAAAAAAGACAGAAACGAGAUCCUUCAUUCACUUAUGAAGUGAUAGUGGUCAAUGACGGUAGUAAAGAUCAAACUACACAGGUCGCAAUGAAGUACUGCAAGAAAUAUGGAAGCGACAAAGUACGAGUGCUUUCUUUGGUAAAAAAUCGAGGGAAAGGAGGAGCAGUCAGGAUGGGUGUCUUUAGUUCUCGGGGGAAAAGAAUUCUUAUGGCUGAUGCAGAUGGCGCUACAGAAUUUGCAGAUAUUGAAAAAGUAGAAGAAGGUCUAAAAAAUCUUCAACCAUGGCCUAACCAAAUGGCUAUUUCCUGUGGUUCUAGAGCUCAUCUGGAGAAGGACUCAAUAGCAAAGCGCUCUUACUUUCGAACUCUUCUUAUGUAUGGGUUCCAUUUCCUUGUAUGGUUUCUCUGUGUCAAAGAGAUCAGGGACACCCAGUGCGGAUUUAAACUUUUAACCAGAGAAGCUGCCUUGCAGACUUUCUCAACUCUUCAUAUAGAACGCUGGGCGUUUGAUGUGGAACUUCUUUAUAUAGCUCAACGCUUGAGAAUACCUAUAGCAGAAGUUGCUGUCAACUGGACUGAAAUUGAAGGUUCUAAGUUAGUUCCCUUUUGGAGCUGGCUGCAGAUGGGCAGGGAUCUUCUUUUUAUACGACUGCGAUAUAUGACUGGUGCCUGGCAGCUUGAAACAAGAAAAUGUAAUUAGGUUAUUUACAUUUUCCAAAUAUAUUAUUAUGCUUGAUGGAAUAUGAGAGCGGUUUCAGUCAAGUGAAGCAGUGAUGAAAGCUGAGGUAAUUCUUCAUUGCUCCUGUUGUAUGUUUCAUUUUUGCAACAUGUAUGUUUUCAAAGAUUGUCAGCAGGGAAUUUGUGCAAUGUUUUGAAAAGAGAAAGCAUUUCCAAAAAGAUUUUCUUAUCUGGUAAUCAGUUUUUUUAUUUUAUUAAAUGGUGGCUUUAACAUGUCUUAUAAAUUCACUCAAAUAAAUAUAUCUGCCUUUGUCUCAUCAUACAUUUGGAAUUUCCUUAUACAUAUUAAAAAGAGGCACUCUGUUCUACACAGCAAUAUUGUGUUGUGAAUGACCACAACCAUUUGUUCCUGUAGUACCUGGAAAUAUAUAUAUGGCCAUAUUACAGUUUACAUUGAUCAAUGUGAUUCACGCUGAUGCAUGUUUAGGUUCAGUGUUAUGGGAAGCAUUAAUGGGUUUUACUGAGUUGUAACAGUAAUAUUCAUAAGGCUGUUUGAAGAACUUUCAAUAGUCUCUUGACAUUCCAAAUGUUUUUGUCUGAAGCUGAAAUAGUUUGUCUGAGAUCAAACUGCAGUUUUUAUCUCCAGAUUCUAGAAAGUCCCAAGACAAAGCACAUUUCAUUUCAAAAUGUCUUUUAUAAGUGCAUUUUGUUCAUAUGUACUAAUUAAUACUGCAUGCUCAAGGCUAGGAGUCCUUGGCAUCUCCAAAUCUGUAGUGAAAAGGGUAUGGAAAGCUAAAUUAGAGCAUAGUGUACAUUGGGGCCUGUGCAUUAGCAAUGCCAAUUUGAAAUUGUCAUGCUUCAAAUGUGAUCAGAGUGGGAGGGGUCUUGAGUCUUCGUAAUGUCUCUCUGUUACAGUACACAAGAUUCAAUAGUGCUUUCAAAUCAGUUGUGGAUUGCCAACAAACUAAGCCGAUCUUUCUUUUGGAAACAUGCAUAAAUUUGAACGGAUUUAAAGAAUGAAUGGUGUAUGGUUGUACUUUCACAUAUUAUUUCACUGGUGAUUUUUCUUGCUUCUUCUGUAAUACUGAAUUGUUUUGCUCCUGCUAGGGUUACCUCAGUUUUCUGUAAAUUGAAAGACUGGAAUAAAUUCUCAAAAAAUAUCUUCA